GAUUGGUGGCCUCCCACGCUCUAACAGUGGCAACAGCGGUGGUACGCCUGGCGUCGAGAGCAAACCGCCGCCUGCUAGGAAGCGAAAGCGACCGUCGGAGGAUGCCCUGCUCCAGCAGUUGCAGGAGCAGGGCAAGCUGGUUGGUGCUCUUCAUGUGUCAGGGCGAAAUUCCAGUCUGAAGAAUUCGACUGUGAAUGGCAUCUAUGCCAAAGUGGAUGGAGGCUUCAAGGGUCGAAUGGCCUACGAAAGGGUCAGCACAAGAGGGAAGAACGAUCCCAAGCGAUGCCUCUUCUUCUCGGAAGACAAAGCACGCUGGAAAAUAAGUGAGGCGCUUGGAGAUCGUCAUAACUUUGCAUUCCUGAAAGUCAAGGACGGCGGCAAAAAGCCGCCAUCAGAAGCUGGGUCAAAGAGCUACUGGAGCUUCUUCGAUGGCAAAGAAAUUGGCUGGCAGGAGGACAGAGAGGUGAAGUGUGUUGCCUACGACCAGGCCAAGCGGCCCAGAAAAGAAAAUGGUGAGGAGCCAUCCAAAGCGGGAAUGGAUGGACAGAAACAGGAUGCUGCGGAAUACGCGGCUUCUGCCCAGGAUGACAGCUCGGACUCCGCCAGCUCUUCUAGUGGCGAAAGCGACAGCGAUGAGGCUUCCGGGGGGGAGUCUGUCAGCUCUGGCAGAUCAGCCUCCAACAAAGUGCCUGCGCCAGUUGAGCCAGCUGCAGCAGGCCCUGGUGGCGCACCAAAGAUCAGAUACCGAGCUGUGGCAAAGAUGUUGGCACGUGCAGGGCUUCGCUGCAGCUGCCACUUCGCACAGGAAUGUCCUGCGCGUAUCAAAGCAGCUGCGUGA